AGUAAUCAUAUUACAGUAUUACUUAAUUUAUACAGAAAUUGAUGUUAUAAUGGAUAGAUCUUCUGAUAAAAAUUAUAAGCGAGAUGGAAAUGAUGGCCACAAAAGAAAACACACUGAUGUGGAAUCCUUUCAUAAGAGAAGGCGUAUGGUAGAUGGGGAUUCAUCAAAUGUGGUUGCUCGACACUACAAUCAACUUCCCGAAAGUGGUUUGAGACAGAGAAAGCAAAGUAAAAUUUAUUUUAUGAGGAAUUUUAAUAACUGGGUCAAAUCGGUUUUGAUGAAGACCUUUCAGAUACGUUUGGAGACUGAGGGUCAAAGAAGCGGAAUUGUUGCUCUUGACGUGGGCUGUGGUAAAGGAGGUGAUUUACUAAAAUGGGCAAAAGGAAAUGUAAAUAAAGUUAUUUGCACGGACUUGGCAGCUACAUCGAUUGAACAAUGUAAGGAUCGAUACGGAUCUAACAAACAAAAAGCCAGAGGAAGAAUAUUUGAUGCUGAAUUCAUAGUUGCGGACUCGUCAAGAGAAAAACUUUCAGAUUUAUUUGAUGAUCCCGGUCAAAUGUUUGAUUUGGUUAGCAUUCAGUUCGUGGUCCACUAUUCAUUCGAAAGUGAAUCACAAGCUAAUAGAAUGAUUCAGAAUUGUUGUGAAAGACUGCGUAAAGGAGGAUAUUUUAUCGGUACUACUGUAAAUUCGAAAGAACUUAGAAGACGCUUAGAUGAAUCUGAAAACAAUUCAUUUGGUAAUAGUGUUUACAGCGUAUCUUUCAGUUCUAAAGAUAAAUUUAACGACUUUGGCCACACCUACAACUUCCACUUAGAUGGUGUUGUAGAUUGUCCCGAAUAUGUGGCUAGUCGUGAAAAUUUGGAGAACAUUGCUAAGAAAUUUGGAAUGCGCCUUGUUUUAUGGAAAACUUUUUCAGAUUUCUUUGCCAUGAACGCUCGUGAUAGGGAAUUUAAAGAUUUGCUUAAGCGUAUCAAAGCUCUUGAAUACUUUCCUUCUCGGUCACCAAACAGCAACAAACCUGGGGACUAUGAUCAUGCUAAAGCUGUUUGUGAUGACAUAAUGGAAAAAUAUCCUGAAAGUAAUCCUAGAGUCGGGACUUUGUCUUCAACAGAAUGGGAAGCUGCUAGUUUGUAUGUUGCUUUUGCUUUCAAGAAAAUUGACGAGAAUGAUGACGAGACAUUUGAUGUUCCAGCGAGCGACAUCAAUGACAUCCCUUUACUGGUUUUAUCACGUUGAUUUUUUUUACACAUGUCUUAAUUGACCACAAGUUCACCCUCUUUUUUACACUGCCACAUUGCAAAUCUUGGACAUGACAUAGAGUUUAAUCAUCAGAAUAUUUGAAAAAAUACAAUAAAAUAUUCAUGUAUUAA